UAUCAAUCACAGAAACCUAUUGCUCUUCAAUAUUUGAGACUUUAUUCGACAUUUUUUGGAAAACUUUCUCGACAAACGCUAUGGAACAGGGCAACAAAGGGCGAGCCACCAGUGCCCCCUAUAGUCUUAGAAGGCAGGUUGUACCAUCUAGGCGUUUUGAGGAUUUUUAUCUGGAGAGACAACCCCUCUCUAAGAAAAAAGAUCUUCAGACUGGGGAGAAGUUGACCUGGAAGACUGUAGAAGGCUCUGCCUCCAGCUCUUCCCAGAGUCCUCUCCCUAUGCCCAUUGUUUCUGGAGAGAUCCUAAGCUGUGGAGACAAUUCUUCGGCUCUGCCUCUGCAUUACCCUGGAUCCUCACUGCCAGCUAAGGAUGGAUGUGAGAGCCCCUGCAAGGUCUCUGGACUCACCCUGUCCACUGCUCCAGAGGCUUCUGAGCGUGUGGGUCGCAGGAAGAAACAGGCCAAGCCUUGCCGAGUGGUGCCUUGCAAAGAUCAGGCUGAACAAGGCCUGGGAAUCUCCAAUGGGCCCCUGGUGAUCAAGCUGUGCACUCCUGAGCAGAAGACUGGGGCGUCUCUGGCUUCAGUCUGCAAGAGCUCCAGUAAGAGUCACAGAGAACCUCAACUGAGUUCUCAAGCUCUGAUGGGCUCCACACCACAGGCUCCUAUGCUGAAAAAAGCACCACAGAAAAAGGUGGCACCACAGGGAAACCAUCAAAAAUCCAACGACCUGAAGCAGAGGCUGGAGAUAGCAGCCAUACUGCUGAAACUUGCACAGCAAGUCCCUGACUUGGUCCCAGAGGUUGGGUGCACUAUCAACUUCCAGCAGCAACUUCAGCUGAUAAAGAAAUGCAGCUCCAAAGGGAACCAAAAAGGAACCUCUGUGAAGGCACGUGCUCAUAAAGAGGUGACCUGUGACCAUAAUGGAUACUGCAAGAAGUACCACUCCACGGAGACACAUGGCCAGAAGAGAAAGUAUCUCAGCUCUCUGGACUCUGGCCCAGUGAUGGGACCUGAGUGGACAGCAGCUAGGGAUAGGGAGGACAUGUUCUUUCCCCACUUGGACGAUUCCUCUCUCAUGGCAGAGGCCAAAGAGAGGAAAAGGAGGGAGAUGGCUCAGGAGAGCAGCUUGCAGCAAAUGGCCGAGCCCGUGGAGGAGAGAAACAUCAAAAACGCUGCUGUUCUCCCAGACCUCCGGCCGCUGCCGCCUGUGGCCCCCUCCUCGGCCCAGAGCAGCUCCCUUCUCUGCGCAGCCCUGAGUGAGCCACUUCUGAUCCACGGCCACUCUGUGGAGGACUACCAGGCCAUCUACCAUGCGGUGGUGGACCCCAUGCUGAAGACCAAGUCUGGGAACGCCCGCCAAUACAACCUCGGGAUGGGCCGCGCCAUCAAGCAGCGCCUGUGGGAGAGGAUGUCCUGCCCCACCUUAGUGGAGACAGUGGACGUAGAUGGUCGAGUGCACAUCACCGAGUCCUUCAGCACCCCCACCCUGAAGUCCUACGCUCCACAGAUUGACGUGGACAUCAGUGGGGAGCCCCUGCCCGGACAGCCAAAGAGCAAGAGGGCCAGGCGCUGACUUCGUGACAUAGUCAGCAUUGACCGUCUACUGGUCACUGCCCCUAUCGUGUGCCCAGUGCUCCGGGGACUUUUAAAAAUAAAAAUCAAUUUUAUACAUUUUAAAAAUUGCAUUAAUAAAUAUAUUUAACAUUA